UUACUUGUAAAAAUGUCGAGUAAUGAGAGCGCCCUGUCUGCAGUUCUGUCGAAGGUAAAAUACCGCCACGCCGACCUGACCAGAAGGGACUGCAUGAAUGUGAUGCAUCAUUACAGAGGACUAAUCCCCAAACAAGACAAGUUCACAUUUAACGACGGGUUGCAGAGAGAUCUAAUCACACUCUCAGGGACUAUACCAGUACCAUACAAGGGGUUGACCUACAAUAUACCUGUCUCUGUAUGGCUUCUGGACACCCAUCCAUACAACGCUCCUUUGUGCUAUGUUAAACCAACUCAGGAUAUGCAGAUAAAAGUAUCUAAACAUGUAGACACCAGUGGAAAGAUCUAUCUCCCCUAUUUGCACGAAUGGGCAUACCCUAAUUCCGACCUCAUUGGUCUUAUACAGGUUACAUUUUAUAGAGGUACAGGAGGUACUGAUACAAGUACAGGAACUAUAACUCAGGAACAUAUUAAAGCCAGCAUUCUCUCAGCAGUGGAGGAUAAGGUUCGGCGUAGGAUUCAUGAAGAGUUUUCUACUCAUCAGGCCGAGGGGGAUUCUCUUAAGAAAAUAGGUGAGGAUUUGAACAAGGGUAAGGAGAGGUUAGAGCAAAUGAUGAUGAAACUAAAGGAUGAAUCAGCUGACCUUGAGAAGAAUAUAAACUUGUUAACAACAAAGCAAUCUGAUUUUGCAGAAAUGAUUUCUAAGCUUGAUACCUCGGAUGAAAUAGAUGUAGAUGAUGCUGUACAGGCUUCUGCUCCACUUUACAGACAAUUGUUGACUGCGUAUGCAGAAGAAAGUGCAACAGAGGAUGCAUUAUAUUUUCUUGGUGACGCACUUCGCAGGGGUGUUGUUGACUGCGACGUGUUCUUGAAGCAUGUGAGGAACCUCUCCAGGAGGCAGUUCAUGUUGAGAGCUACAAUGCAAAAAUGCAGAGAGAAGGCGGGGUUGGUCGUCUAACACCAGUGAUGAGAUGUUUAUGGAGCUUUAACAAACCUUAUAUAACGAUUAUUAUAAAACAACAUUAUAAAACAAUAAUUAAAUAUAGAAUUAUGAUUAUAAAA